AUGCCGAAUGCAGAACAAAAGGAGGAGGAGGUGACGGACGGCUGCAGUGGAGCUAAGCUCACAUGGCACUGCGCUUACAUGGCACUGCGCUUACAUGGCACUGCGCUCACAUGGCACUGCGCUUACAUGGCACUGCGCUCACAUGGCACUGCGCUUACAUGGCACUGCGCUCACAUGGCACUGCGCUCACAUGGCACUGCGCUCACAUGGCACUGCGCUUACAUGGCACUGCGCUUACAUGGCACUGCGCUUACAUGGCACUGCGCUUACAUGGCACUGCGCUUACAUGGCACUGCGCUUACAUGGCACUGCGCUCACAUGGCACUGCGCUCACAUGGCACUGCGCUUACAUGGCACUGCGCUCACAUGGCACUGCGCUCACAUGGCACUGCGCUCACAUGGCACUGCGCUCACAUGGCACUGCGCUCACAUGGCACUGCGCUCACAUGGCACUGCGCUCACAUGGCACUGCGCUCACAUGGCACUGCGCUCACAUGGCACUGCGCUCACAUGGCAUUGCGCUCACAUGGCACUGCGCUCACAUGGCACUGCGCUCAUAUGGCACUGCGCUCAUAUGGCACUGCGCUCACAUGGCACUGCGCUCACAUGGCACUGCGCUUACAUGGCACUGCGCUCACAUGGCACUGCGCUUACAUGGCAUUGCGCUCACAUGGCACUGCGCUCACAUGGCACUGCGCUCACAUGGCACUGCGCUCACAUGGCACUGCGCUCACAUGGCACUGCGCUCACAUGGCACUGCGCUUACAUGGCACUGCGCUCACAUGGCACUGCGCUUACAUGGCACUGCGCUCACAUGGCACUGCACUUACAUGGCACUGCGCUCACAUGGCACUGCGCUCACAUGGCACUGUGCUCACAUGGCACUGCGCUUACAUGGCACUGCGCUCACAUGGCACUGCGCUCACAUGGCACUGCGCUAACAUGGCACUGCGCUUACAUGGCACUGCGCUUACAUGGCACUGCGCUCACAUGGCACUGCGCUUACAUGGCACUGCGCUCACAUGGCACUGCGCUCACAUGGCACUGCGCUCACAUGGCACUGCGCUUACAUGGCACUGCGCUCACAUGGCACUGCGCUCACAUGGCACUGCGCUCACAUGGCACUGCGCUCACAUGGCACUGCGCUCACAUGGCACUGCGCUCACAUGGCACUGCGCUCACAUGGCACUGCGCUCACAUGGCACUGCGCUCACAUGGCACUGCGCUUACAUGGCACUGCGCUCACAUGGCACUGCGCUCACAUGGCACUGCGCUCACAUGGCACUGCGCUCACAUGGCACUGCGCUCACAUGGCACUGCGCUCACAUGGCACUGCGCUCACAUGGCACUGCGCUCACAUGGCACUGCGCUUACAUGGCACUGCGCUUACAUGGCACUGCGCUCACAUGGCACUGCGCUUACAUGGCACUGCGCUCACAUGGCACUGCGCUUACAUGGCACUGCGCUCACAUGGCACUGCGCUCACAUGGCACUGUGCUCACAUGGCACUGCGCUUACAUGGCACUGCGCUCACAUGGCACUGCGCUCACAUGGCACUGCGCUUACAUGGCACUGCGCUCACAUGGCACUGCGCUUACAUGGCACUGCGCUCACAUGGCACUGCGCUCACAUGGCACUGCGCUCACAUGGCACUGCGCUCAUAUGGCACUGCGCUCACAUGGCACUGCGCUCACAUGGCACUGCGCUCACAUGGCACUGCGCUCACAUGGCACUGCGCUCACAUGGCACUGCGCUCACAUGGCACUGCGCUCACAUGGCACUGCGCUCACAUGGCACUGCGCUCACAUGGCACUGCGCUUACAUGGCACUGCGCUUACAUGGCACUGCGCUCACAUGGCACUGCGCUUACAUGGCACUGCGCUUACAUGGCACUGCGCUUACAGAAGGUUUAGUUUGGGCAGAGAGAGAAUGCCUCGAGGAAGGGAGCCGUAG